AAGCGAGGAGGUCGUGACCCGGAGGAGGAGGAGAGUGCUGCCAAGCGACGGCAGUCCAUGGAGAUGGACCACAAGCACAGUCUAUGCAUGCGGACGGUGGUUUUUGGAGUUCCUGACGAGCGGACAGCGACCAAGCCUGCGGCCCCACGACACGACAAGUCCCGGAGCCCCCUGAGAGUGCGAUGCUCCGUGGAUGAGGAGUCGAUUGGGUCCCGCAUGUGCACUGUCAGCAGUGGUGGUGGUGGGGAGCAAGGAAGAGGUGGACCACGCCGACAACGUUCCCCACGUUCCCCACUCUGCCGCUCCCAUCUGGUGGAUGAGAACCCCGAUGGACCGAGUUCCAAGUGGCCAUCAGUGUGGAGCAGGCUGGGUGCAAGUGUUGCGCCGCCGCACACCACCUCCGGUCCCGAGGGCCAUCGGUGGCAGCGGCCGAGCGUUGUCCCACCGGUGACGACGCGGGCCGAGUCGGCGGAGUCCCGUGCUCCGUUGCGCAACAUCAGCCAGGAACCAUCCACUUGGUACCAGAUCACGAUUCCUUUUGGAAGGAAGUACGGCAAGGAGGGGCUGCUGCAGUUCCUGCAGCAGGGCUGCUGCACGUCCUUCACUCCGUUGCAGUUCCACUUUGAGGGAGACAUGGCAACAUUCUAUGUGGCUAACUACAUGGCGGCCUUGAACCUCAAGGCGCUGUCACGGAAAAUUGUCUUUCCCGACAACUAUAGGGCCAUCGUCUUGAUGCGCCCAGUCCUGGGCCCACCGCCUCUGCUCGCUGCGGACCUAACGAAGGACGACCGGCGGCUGAUCGAGGUGAGGAGGCCAUGCCCUCCCAUCGCUCUGCCACCCACACCUCUGCCACCCAAGGCUCAGCCUCCCACAGCUCUGCCACCCACCCCACUGCCCCCCACCUCAGCCGACAUUCAAGGCCUCAUCGCGAACUUCCUCAAGGAGUACUACGGUCUUUAUGAUACCGCAGACCGCGAGGGUCUGCUCAAGAAGUAUCAUAAGGAUGCCCUCAUCACCAUCUACACCCCCUUAGAGAGCAGCCUGGGAGAGGAGGGUACAGACAAGCCGACCCCGGAAGAUUCACCACAGCUCAAGUGCGAGCGGCUGACGGCGGAGGACUUCAUCAAAGAGCUGACGCACAAGCAUCACGAUAUGUCCUCCUUCACCACCACCGUCAGCCGUGGCACGGAUACCCAGGUCAACUUCACCGUGCACGGCUUCUUCAAAGAGACCAAGAAUUGCCAAGAGUCUGUGAAGAUGUUUUGGCGGGAGGUGCAAUUGGUGCCAACCAUGGACGGCAGGCCGUCUGUUGCGAGUGAGCGGAUGUUCAUCCGCGAAGCUCUUGCAAGUGAGAUGCCCCCUGCAUUCGCCUCAACAUCAGCGACGUCCAGCAGCUGCCCGCUUACUGCGCUCACCUCGUCCCAGCAGGAGAUAGUUAAUUCGUUCGCAGAAAAAUCCCACAUGACACCGAAGUGGUCACAAAGAUGCCUGGAGCGGAACAAUUGGGAUUUCUCCAAAGCGGCCGACGACUUCAUCCACCUCUACGAAGCAGGGAAGAUUCCGGGGGAGGCGUUUCUGUGAUGAGGCGUCAUCCAGAACCAGCGCCCCACCAAAUGGACCCUGACCACAACAUUUAUUUUUGUAUCAAAACCGUGAUUUUCUGUAUUAUAAAUGUAAAUACAUAUUCAUUAUAUUAUACAUUUUGGCUGUAGUUGUGACA